CCCCAAAUGCUCUGCUUUGGACAAAAAAAAUUAAAAAUUGAAGAAAAAACAACUAUCCAUUCAUUAUAAUUAACAAAAAUCCCAAAUAAAUUUAGAAAAAUGGCGGAUGCUGGAAAAAAGAAAAUAGCAAUUGCUGGAAUUGCUUCAGUUCUUUUAGUUGCUUGUGUUGUUGGUGCUGCUGUUACAUUUACAAAAAAGAAUGAUGACUCAACCUCUAACGGAGGCGAAAUUUCGACUUCUAGCAAAUCAGUACAAGCGAUAUGUCAACCGACUCAAUAUAGAGAAACAUGCGAAAAAUCGCUUGGAUUAGCUAAAAAUACGAGCGAUCUAAAGGAUUUAAUUAAAACAGCAUUUGAUAGUACUAUGAAUGAAAUUGCAAAUUCAAUUAAAAAUUCUGCUCCAUUCAAGGAAGCUGCAAAUGAUCCAAGGACUAAGAAUGCAUUAAAAAUUUGUGAUGAAGUUCUUGACCGUUCGAUCGAAGAGAUCAAGAGAUCAUUUUCAAAAAUUGACAGUACUGACCUUAAUAAAUUGAUCAAGGAGUAUGUUUAUGAUGUUAGGUCAUGGCUUAGCUCUGCUGUUACUUUUGAGGAUACUUGUAUAGAUGCAUUCGCAAACACGACUGGUGAUACGGGUGAGAAAAUGAAGAAUGUCUUGAAAAAUGCUAGCGAGUUGUCAAGUAUUGCCCUUGACAUUGUUAGCAGCUUUGAGGAACAAAUGGCUGGCUUACAAGACCUAGGCAUUACUAACAGACGAUUAUUGACCGUCGAAGCAGGCAACCGAAGGCUCCUUCAAGUUGCAUCCCUUAAGCCCAAUGUUGUGGUGGCUCAAGAUGGUAGUGGACAACACAAAUCAAUCAAUGAGGCUCUUAAAACAGUGCCCUCAAACAAUGCUCAGCCCUAUGUCAUCUUCAUCAAGGCUGGUAUUUACAAUGAAAAUGUUGAAGUUGCCAAUACAAUGACCAAUGUUGUUUUCAUUGGUGAAGGCUCAAACAAGACCAAAAUUACUGGCGAAAAAAAUUAUCUUGAUGGUCUCCCAAUUUACCUUACUGCCACUGUUUCCAUCUCUGGACAUGGAUUCAUGGCUAAGGAUAUCGGAUUCGAGAACUCAGCAGGACCUUUAAAAAAAGAAGCUGUUGCACUUCGUGUCUCAGCUGAAAUGGCAGUUUUCCAUAAUUGCCAAAUUGAUGGUUACCAAUCAACGCUUAUGGCUCAUGUUGGUAGACAAUUCUACCGUGAUUGUACUAUCUCAGGAACCAUCGAUUUCAUCUUCGGAGAUGCUUUAGCUGUGUUCCAGAAUUGUAAGUUAAUCGCGAGAAAACCUGAGGAGAUGCAGACACAGUCUAUCACAAUCGCGGCUCAGGGAAGGAACCAGCCAUUCGGAACAGGUGCAACUAUCAUACAGAAUUGCACGAUCACAGCUGAGCCAGCUCUAGUUGCCAUCAACCCACCACGCAACAAGGCGUUCCUCGGACGUCCAGCGAAGUUGUACUCAAGGACCAUAGUGAUGCAAACUCAAAUUGAUGGAUUCAUUGAUCCUGAAGGAUGGACACCAUGGGCUGGUACCUUUGGACUUGAGACUUUAUAUUUUGUUGAGUACCAAAAUAGGGGUCCAGGUGCAAAUACUGAUAAAAGAGUAACUUGGAAGAAUUACAUUAAGAACCCUCCACAAGAUGUUACUGCUAAAUUUGCCCCAGGAGUUGUACUUAAAGGUCGUGAUAAUACUGAUGGAUGGGUUACAAAAACUGGUGUCCCAUAUGAACCAGGGAUGAUGAAGAUGUAAAUAAGUUUGUAUAUCUUCAAUAAAUAAAAAAGAAAUAAUUAUCU